CAAAUCUUUCAUUUUCCACUCCUUCUUUUCCAUCUUCAAAUCCGAACAGGGUCAGAUGAGAAAUUGUUUCUUUCUUCUAUCAUUAUGUAGUAAACUGCAGAUUUAGUAAGAUGGUGCUAACAUACACGAGCAAGAGUUGAAUCUGAUUCUGAUCCCUUGCCAGACAAACCAUCAAUUGAGUAAAAUCAAUCGAGGGUGUAAACUGUAAAGACAAGACCCAGUGCAUAUUCUUCUUCCGGAACAUCUUGAAUAAAAUACUCUGAACUCUGAAGUUUUUAAUUUCUUGGUUAUUCGUAAAUUGGAGGAUGCAGUGGCAAAACCAACAUCAGAUACUGUUCCUCAAAUAAAAUAUGAUGCAUGGUUUUAAAUUGCAAGCUGCAACUGCAAUUGCAGCUGCAAGAUUGUGGUUUGGAAGGUCUUCACAACCACAACGUGCCCGCAAUUGCUACCGUAUAUGCUCACAAUUUUCCACAAAUUCAAUAAUUGCAACACAAGAGCAACCACGACCACAGUCCACAGUCUAUGAUGUUUUUGUUAGCUUUAGGGGCAAGGACAUCCGCCAAGGUUUUCUUGGCCAUUUGGUUGAGGCUUUUCCUAGAAAGCAAAUACAUGCCUUUGUAGAUUACAAGCUUGAAAGAGGAGAUGAAAUAUCACCAUCACUUCUUCAAGCAAUUGAAGGAUCAUCCAUUUCGCUUGUAAUUUUCUCAAAAGACUAUGCUUCUUCACGUUGGUGUUUGGAAGAACUAGUAAAAAUAGUUGAGUGCAGAGAGAUUUUUGGACAAGCUGUGAUACCUGUUUUCUACCAUGUAGAUCCCACAGAUGUACGGCAUCAAAAGGGGAGUUAUGAAAAUGCACUUGUUGAAUUAGAAAAAUAUUCUGAUUCGACAAGGUUGGAAAUCUGGAGGCUGGCUUUGAAAAAAUCUGCCAAUUUAUCAGGAAUCAGGGCAUCAGAUUUCCGGGAUGAAGCCGACCUGCUUGAAGAAAUUGUCAAAACUGUUGAUCUUCAGUUGAUAAGGAUGGGAAAGCACCCAGUUAACUCCAAAGGGCUUAUUGGAAUUGACAAAACAAUUGCAGAUAUAGAAUUGUUAUGUCAAGAGUCAAAAGAUGUCCGAGUUAUUGGAAUUUGGGGUAUGGGUGGUAUUGGUAAAACUACCAUUGCAGCAGAAGUUUACAACAAAAUAUGCUCUAAAUACGAAGAUUGUUUCUUUUUGCCAAAUGUAAGAGAAGAAUCAGAAAGACAUGGAAUAAUUUCUUUAAAGGAAAAGCUUUUCUCUAAACUAUUAGCAGAAGAUGUGAAAAUUAACACACCAAAUGGAUUGACCAAUUAUAUUGAGAGAAGGAUUAGUCGUAAGAAGGUUCUUAUUGUUCUUGAUGAUUUGAAUGAUUCAGAUCAACUAGAAAAAAUAAUUGGAAGUCCUGAUCAGUUUGGAUUAGGCAGUAGAGUCAUUGUAACAACUAGGGAUAAGCAAGUGUUAAUCUCUAACAAUGUUGAUGGUAUAUACAAGGUUAAGGUAUUGAACAGAAAUGAUGCACUUGAUCUUUUCAAGUUGAAAGCCUUUAACCAAAAUCAUCUUGAAAAGGAGUAUUAUGUGCUAGCAGAGAAGGUGGUCGAUUAUGCCAAAGGCGUCCCAUUAGUUCUGAAAGUUUUGGCUCAUCUUCUUCGUGGGAAAGAUAAGACUAUAUGGGAAAGUCAGCUGGACAAACUUAGAAGAAUUCCAUGUAAAAAGGUUCAUGAUGUAAUGAGAUUGAGUUAUGAUGAUCUAGAUCGUGAAGAACAAAAGAUUCUUUUAGAUCUUGCAUGUUUCUUUACUGAAGUAAACUUGGAAGUGCAGUUUGUAAAAAGAUUAUUGAAAGAUCAAGAAAGUGAUAAUUCAGUGGCCAUUGUGUUAGAAGCACUCAAAGAUAAAGCUCUUAUAUCUAUCAAUGAUAGAAUUUACGCAACUGAAUAUUCACUGCAUAUUUUGUUAAAAGAUCAUAUUGAUAUUUCUGUUCAUAAUGUUAUAUCUAUCCAUAACAUUAUACAAGAAAUGGCAUGGGAGAUUGCUCGUCAUGAAUCUAGGAAUGACCAUGGACAUUGCAGUCGAUUAUGGGCUCCUGAUGACAUUUGUUAUGUCUUGAAAAAUAACAAGGGGACUGAGGCCAUUCGAAGCAUAACCACAAAGCUAUCAACAUUGAAGAAUCUGAAAUUGAGCCCUUUCGUUUUUGCUAAGAUGAGCAAACUACAAUUUUUAGAUUUUCAUGCCGAUUCCUACGUUAUUUAUCCUAAUGAAAACUCUGAUGCGUACUUGGAUCUUCUUCCACAUGGACUUGAGUCAUUGCCAAAUGAACUAAGAUAUCUUCGUUGGCAUUGUUAUCCUUUGAAAUCCUUGCCAGAGCAAUUUUCUGCUGAGAAACUUGUUAUAUUAGACUUGGCAUGUAGCAGAGUAGAAAAAAUUUGGAAUGGAGUGAAAAAUCUGGUGAAUUUAAAAGAAGUUAAACUCCGUAAUUGCAAUUUCCUGCAAGAGCUGCCAGACUUUUCAAAGGCUAAAAAUCUUGAAGAAUUGGAAAUCAGUUAUUGUUCUCAGCUGACUAGUGUGCAUGAAUCCAUUUUCUCUCUCGACAAGCUUCAGAAAUUGCAAAUAGUAACAUGUACUUCCCUUACCAGACUUUCAAGCCAUACCCAUUUAAGCUCUCUCAGAGAUCUCCAGCUUCGCUUCUGCGAAAGCCUACGUGAAUUCUCAGUGAGAUCAGAGAAUUUGAUUUCUCUAGAUUUAGCAGGGACUUGCAUCAAUGCAUUGCCCACAUCUUUUGGACGUCAAAGCAAGCUUGAAAUCCUAGUUAUCGAAGGUAUUGCCAUUGAGAGCUUGCCUUCAAGCAUCAAGAAUCUUACAAGAUUGAAAUAUCUCGACGCACGUAGUUGUUCAGAGCUUCAGAUUCUACCAGAGCUUCCCACAUCCCUUGAUAUUAUGUAUGCUUGUAAUUGCAGAUCACUGAAGACUGUAUUGUUCCCUUCAGCAGUUGAACAGUUGAAGGAAAACAGGAAAAGUUUUCUGUUAAACAAUUGCAUGGAAUUGGAUGAACAAUCUCUCAUGGCUAUUGGGUUAAACGCACAAAUCAACUUGAUGAAAUUUGCAUACCAACAUUUACCUUUCUUAAAAAAUGAUCACAUUGAAAAUUAUGGCGAUUAUGACAACAACUAUGUUCUUUAUCAAGCAGUGUACGUGUAUCCAGGAACCAGUAUUCCAGAUUGGUUGGAGUAUAAGACAACAACAGAGGAGGAUUAUAUAAUUAUUGAUCUCUCUUCUGUUCCUUCUCCACCAUUGGCCUUCAUUUUCUGCUUCAUCAUUCACACGGAGGACAUUUAUCUACCGGACGAAACAUUGAAGCUUAAGAUCACUAUCAGUGACGAUGAGAAUGAAGAUAACAAGGACAGUAUUGAAAUAUACACUUUUCUGCCAAAUAGACUGCAGUCUGCAUCAAAGCAUUUGUUUGUGGUGUAUGACCAAAGAUGUUCUUGCUAUCUAAAUAGCAAAGCCAAAAGUCUGCCAAAGUUUAAAAUCGGGGUUGUAUUAUGGGGUUGUAUAUCAGUGUUUAGCGAUAGAUUCAAAUCAUUCAAUAAAAAAGGUACAAGAAGGUCUUUAGAAGCUUUACUUCCAAAGUGGCGGCGGGAGUUAAAAGGGUUUGGGGUCAGCCCAAUACACGCCUCGGCAUAUCACAAUUUUGUUCAACAAAUGGAAUUGCUGUGAGUAAAUAUUUCAAUAAUAAACGGAGUUGGGUUGU